UUGUCACAGGUGACCUUCGGUAUUGUGACGACGCUGCUUUUUGAAAGAGGAGAUGUCUCUCUACAGUAUUUAUCCUCAUGGAUCAUGGACAAAUUGCCUUAGGUUGCUAUGGGCAAUAUCUAUAGAUACAUUUAAUCCACACCUGGAGGAAAAGGCAGCCAAAGAGCUUGUGAGAUAUGGACUGCAGCCAUGCUACACUGAUAUACUUCUAAAUAAGAGGGGCUGUGGUGUCGUGCUGUGAAGCCAUCAGAAAGAUUAAAUGAUGCAAGAUAAGAUAGCCCGUCACUUCCUCUUCUUGUGCUUUCUGGGGCUGCGCUGCUGAAAAGGCUACAGAGUCCACUCUGACAGCCUGCUGCCAAAAUGGACCAUGAAGUGCUGGAGAGCAUUGUCCUCCUAGCAAUAGUCAGCCUUAUCAGUGUUCUCCAAAAUGCCUUUUUUGCAACCAAAGUGGAGCAUGAAAGCAAGAACUAUAACGGCAAGACUUUCCAGCGGGCUGGAUCUUCGGCCUUUGAGCGUGUCUUCACUGCCAACCAAAACUGCAGAGAUGCAUACCCGACGUUUCUUGUUGUGCUUUGGUGUGCUGGGCUGCUUUGUAGCCAAGCUGCUGCUGCCUUUGCUGGAUUGAUAUAUUUGUUUGUGAGGCAAAAGUACUUUGUUGGCUAUCUGGGAGAGAGGACACAAAGCACCCCCGGUUACAUAUUUGGAAAACGCAUCAUAUCAUUCCUGUUCCUCAUGUCUGUUGCUGGGAUCCUCAACUAUUAUCUUGUCCUCAUUUUUGGAAGUGACUUUGAAGUGUAUAUAAAAACUGUAACCAACACCAUCUCCCCACUGCUACUCAUUCCUUAAUUCUUUGCAGCAUUAGUGGUUCAGUGUGCUUUACAGAUCAAUAUCCAGAAGCAGCUAUAAUUCAACUGUUUAAGAAAUGAGCCUACAAAACCUUUUAGACUGCUGUAAAUCUAAGGCUCUGUGGGCUUUGUGGUUUGAUUUAACCUUUUUCCUACAGUAAAAUGAUUUAUUGUGACCAGUCAGUGUGCCCUAGGAAGGGUAAUACCUUCCAAUUAAUUCUUCAGAUUAAAAAGGUUAAAAAAAAUGAAACAACCAAAAAACCAUUUCAGAUUGAACAAAACAUUCCAUUCUGAUUUUAAGCACCUUGUAAAUGUUUUAAAAAUAAAAUGGAAGGCAAUCUCACAAUGAAAAGUCAUUUUGAAUAGAAAAAUCAACCUGUUUCAUUUCAAAACCGUUGAAACAAAACUCAACUUUUUGGAAUUUUUGAGGGUUUUUUGCACAAAAAAUGUGGGGAAAUUGACAUGAAUUCGCAAAAUGUUUUGGUGGCACUGAAUCUUCAUUUUUCAGCCAAAAAAUGGUUUGGCCGAAUUUCAUUCAUCUUCAGUUGCCAUGAAAACCCAGAGCUCAAUCCUGCAAUGCUUACAUAUGUACAAUGUUCAUUGCAGUCAACGGGAACCAAACCCCUAGUAGUGCAUGACUGCAGUUUGGAUCUGAAUCUCAUUUACAUGAAAGCCUCUGUAGGGUAAAUUGCCAGAGGAGUAUACAGGGAUGUUAGUGUAAAUGAGACUCCAUUAUC